AUGUUUAAUGAGUGGGAAACUGAUGAUCUUUCUGCUUUCUCCUCAGGCAAGAGGGCGGCAGAGCGAGAGGAGGGAGAGCGAGAGCUGCGGCACGGCGAGAGGAGGCCGAGACAACCAGAAGCGGCCGCCCUGAAAAAGCUGUUGCUAACCUUGCUUGCGUUUCCUCAUUGCUCAAGACAAUUGCGAGAAUCAAAGGAUGCGGUGAAAGAAGUAUUCACCUCAGCAGAGGAAGCCAAUUUGUUCAUUGGACGGCACCUUCUGUACAACAGAUUUGACUUUGAAAUUUUUAUUCGAGGUGAUCUUGAAAGAGAAUGCCGUGAAGAAGACUGCAAUUAUGAGGAAGCAAGAGAAAUUUUUGGAGACCCAGAACAAACAAUGGCUUUUUGGAAUGAAUAUAGAACAAACAAUCAUGGCACAAGGAGAGGUGACCAAGCAUUACAGAAGAUUGAUGUUAUGGGGCUUCUGACUGGCCUGGUUGCAGUUGGAAUACUGUUGGUUAUAACUGGAUUACUUAUUUAUUAUCUUUGCCAGCACAAGUGUAAACCAAGACCACCAGGGCACACAGUCUGUCGGAGGCAUAACUCUUCCAUCAUCUUUAGAAGACAUGAAGAAUUUUCCUUAAGUCCUCUCGCUCUACAUGCCGAACAGACAGAAUUGCCAACCUAUGAAGAAGCAGUGGUACUAGGAAACAAUUGUGAUUCACCGCCUCCACCAUAUCCAGGUCCUUCAGGAGGGUUUAAAGUGUUCAAGAAGUCUUUAUCACUUCCUGGCCCUUAAUUAAUAAGCACAGCUUCUGGAACACUUGAGAAUGAACCUUGACUAAAAGAAGGCAUGUAGCUGGAAUGCUGCAGUAUUGUGCUCACUUCAGAAUAGCCUUUCACAGUAUGAAAGAGAGAUGGCUCUUCAUCAAGCCCAAGAGGAAGUGAAGUGUGUCAGGUGUCAAGGAAGUCAUCUUUCUUCAGUGUUCUAAUAACCAAGGAUGAAAGACUCCUUUGUUAUGCUUCUUUUUAGGUGCUAAGCACUGUAAUGCACUUGGCGCCCAUGUAUUUUGAGUCAAACAAUGAAUUGAUAUGCCACUUUUCCUGUCUCUCCUGAACUGAAAAGAAUCAGUGUAACUGCACGGGAGGAGGCAAUGGGAAACCCCUUCUGUAUGCUGCCAAAGAAAACCACAGGGCUCUGUGGGUGCCAGGAGUUGGAAUCAGCUUGACGGCACCCUUUACUUUAAUUUAGUGGCUAAGGGACUGAGCUACAAGACAGAAGUCCCUAUAUUGAAUUUUGCCUCUUCCAUGACUUCACUAAGUGGCUUUAGGCAAGCUAUAUUCUCUCAGUCUUUUGUCUGCAAUAUGAGGAUAAUGAUACUCAUUUACCUUACAAGGCUGUUGUAAGGGUUACAAGAUAAUGUAUGAGAAGCGCUUUGAACAUUUGAAAGCACUGUACAAAUACUAAGUAUUUCAUCAUCAAAGAGUUACACUUGUUUUUCAUUAUUAACCAAAAUCUGUGAAUAAAAUGCAAGUAAUUUAAUCUGUAGGAUGGAAUAAGGCAGGACUCUUGCAUUGAACUACGUUAAGCUUAUGGUAGACAUAAGAACUAGUAAUAUAAUAUUUCACACUUUUCAAGAGGUGCAGGUAUGUUAACUUUAAACCAUGUUUCUUGUCUUCCUACUGUUUAGUUUAAUGGCUAGAUUUUUAAAAGGGUGCUAUGUUUGAUACUGCUACUUUCCCUUGCUUUGUCUCUCAGUGCCUAUUAGAUUAUGAAUCUUCAGGAUGAGGCCUAUUUAUUGCCCUCAGUGUCUGUGAUAAGAAUUGUCUUGCUGGGUCAAACUAAAGGUCCAUCUAGUUCAGCAUUCUUCCUCCAACAGCAGCCAAUUAGAUGCCCUGGGAAGUUCACAAGGAAGGCAUAAUGCUAAUUUGUAUGUUCCUGGCAUCUGUUAAUCUGAAGGAUACCGUCCUGUUACCUGCUCUGGACUCAUCAGAUAGCACAAGAUGGUUAUCUAAAUAUACCUGCAAUUUGAAAAGCUUCACCCAGGGCAAGUUCAGUUAAACAAGGCACUAGCCAGGUAACAUUUUCUGAAAUUCUUGGCCAGUGAUGCUACUGCAGCACUUCUAGUUUGGCUGGGGGAAAACUUGCUUUGUAUAAAAAUGCAAGUAAGAAUAUUCAAUAUAAAACUGCCAUUGCACUUCUUUAAAUAUCAAGUGCUUAGUAAAGAUAAAUUGAGAAAAAUCCUAACCCAGUAAGAUGAGGGGAGAUAUUCCUUUGACUUCAAGCAAUUUAGGAUCAUCAGCUGGAAUUUAGACCUUCAGCAUCAUUGGCAGAAGUUUCUUCCAUGAAUGGAAGGAGAGUUGUACUCAUGCAAGGGGUUCUUGCAGUGAAAGAGGUCCUUCCAUACAAGGAAGGAUUUCUACUGAUGGCAUGCUGCUGCACUGAAGGUCUUGAUGCCACCUGUUCUAAAUAGAACAGAUUAUCUAACUAUCUAAGAAGUGGGAUGAACCCAAUAUGGCUGCUGCAUACAUUUGGACAACUUGUUAAACAAAGACAAAUACUGUUUGUUUCUAAAAUGUAACAUAGUUCUGGUUUGUAGCAAAUACUACGAAUAAAUUAAAAUUACAAUCUC